CUUAGUAGGUGUGCACCGCCGGUUCGCCGGUUGUUAAAGGAACUAGGGAAAGAGGGGGCGGCUUAUCGGGGAAGCAAGUCAGCAGCAGCCGAGACCACCACCACCACCACCGCUGCGAUGGACCCCAGCGACGACGUCGAGACGGAGAGACACCCGGCGCUCUUCUACGUGCCCAUUCCAGACGCGUCCCCGGCUAAGGACGAGCAGGAGAAGCUGUCGGGGGUGGUGAAAAACGUCCACCGAAAGCUCCGCAGGAAAUACAGAGAAGUGGGCGACUUUGACAAGAUCUGGCGCGAGCACUGCGAGGACGAGCAGACGUUGAGCGAGUACGCCAUUGCCAUGAAGAACCUCGCUGAUAAUCACUGGGCCGUCAACUGUGAAAAAGAGGGGCGCAUCGAAUGGUGUCGCAGCAUCUGCCAGGAGUAUUUCUGGGACGGUGGCAUGAAAAGAAUGUUGGAGAAAGAUGAGAAAAGUGCCUCUUUCUCCAGCGGUCCCACCGAAGCGUCUUCCAGUGGACGAACGUCUCAUUCGACCCAAUGUUCAGGCGCUCAGAUGGGGAAAAUGCGCCUCCUGGACGUGGGAAGCUGCUUUAAUCCGUUCAUGAAGUUUGACGAGUUCCUCACAGUCGGUAUCGACAUUGUGCCUGCGGUUGAGAGUGUGUACAAGUGCGACUUCCUCAACCUCCAGCUCCAGCGGCCCCUCCAGCUGACGGGGGACGCCGUGGAGGCCUUCCUGCGCCACUUGCACAACCCCAUCGACGCCCUGCCCGGGCAGCUCUUCCACGUGGUGGUCUUCUCCCUGCUCCUGUCCUACUUCCCGUCACCUUACCAGCGCUGGAUCUGUUGCAAGAAGGCCCACGAGCUGCUGGACCUCCACGGCCUCCUGCUCAUCAUCACGCCCGACUCCUCGCACCAGAACCGCCACGCCCUCAUGAUGCGCAGCUGGCGCGUGGCGGUGGAGUCGCUGGGCUUCAAGCGCUACAAGUACGUCAAGUACUCCCACAUGCACCUCAUCGCCUUCCGCAAGGUGUCGCUGGCCACAACCAGCGACCUGGUGUCGCGCAACUACCCCGAGAUGCUCUACAUCCCUCAGGACUUCCACGCCAGCGAGGAGGACGAGGGCGGCGAGGCGCAGGCCCGCUCCGACUUCGAGGACGACCAGCUGGCUUGGGCCUUCGCCGAGCUCCCCGACGCCUACGACUCGGAUUCCGGGGAGAGCCAGAGCGGCUCGGCGCCCGGCUUCCAGGAGCUGGAGGACCCCAUCCUGCUCCAGACCUAGCUAGCCUCCCUUUGGUCCCCUCUCCGACGUCAACUGCUGUGCUCCUAAAAGUGAAACCUGCUGCAUUCCCCUGGCCCUGCCCUCCUCCCCAACGAUACGAUUUGCACAGUGUGAAAGAGAGACGUUUACAUAUUAUUUUCUCAUAACACUCUUUUCUCUACAUAUAUUUUGAUAAAUGGAUACUUUUUCUAAGAGUUGGAAAGUGAGCGCCCCUAAUAUAUCAACACUUUCCCGCUUCUCGACGUCCACCGUCGUCCCCCCUCCGCCCCCACAGCGUUGUCCGCGUGCCCAACAAGAGCUUUUUGCGCGUCAGGCCGCUCGCUAACAAAAAUCCCCCGAAAGCCAAACGGCGACCCGAGCGGCGCGUGACGAUCGGCGAUUGCGUCGAAGAGACUGAACAAGCAGACUUGGUGGGCCGGCUCGAAAAGUCUUGGACGCACUCCUUUCAAAGACCUUGGUGUUGUUCAGUGUUGCGUUGUUUUUUUUUUUAACCCCUUAACGAUUUAUGCACCCUUAACAGCAAUGUUGUAUUUUGUAGCAUUCUAGAACCAUCUAACUGGAGUAUUCUUUUAAUGUGACUCAGGUGUGUUACUCAUUGUGUCACAAGGUACUAACGUUCAAAGUAGUUUUAUAAAAAUGCCCUACAUUGGAUAUUCUUGUAUAACACUUUGUUUUAUCUUUUUUUGGUGUUGUUUUCAAGCAGAGAAACGAUACAAAUGUGUCGCUGCCAAACAGAAUCGGCGGGAGCAGUAACUUUAUGACGCGUCGUUGUAUGUAAAGGGGAAUUCCACUGGUUUGCAUUAGCAUUGUAUCCAACAGGUCAUGUAAUAUGUACUCUAUUUCGACAAUUAAAUCCUCUCUGAUUUAAGGUCAUGUGACCCGCGGAAUUGGCAGCGCCCCUGAAAAUUCGUAAUUGUCGAUAAAAAUCUUCUCAAAACUAUUAAAUGAGAGAGGAUUUAACAUCACAUUGUCAAAAUAGAGUACAUAUUACACGAUCUGUCGGAUACAUUGUUAAUACAAACCAGUGGACUUCCCCUUUAAAGGAGGGGUGGGCAACCCACGGCCCGUGGGCCAUAAACCGCCCGCAAGAGUGUGUUCUGGCCACAUGUGAUUUUUUUUUUUUUUUUUUUUUUCCUUUCAAAACCAAAUACAAGCACAUUUAAUUCGUAAAUGGUCACAAUGUAACUCUGGAACGGCAAAAAGGUCGCCCGCCCCGGUUGUAAAACUGCUCCCCAAGACCUUCACCUCGACUGAAAAUGUUUGCACUAGUUGAACUUCUGAAACAAGCGUCAGGCAAUUAUUGUCGUUCAUUUUUUUUUUCUUUCUUUCUUAUUAUUAUUCAAGCAAUAGGUGCUGCUGAGGUUUUAAGCGACUAGCGGACGUCGGCGUUUGUCGCGUUUGUGCGUACGAAUGACUGCGUCUUGGCACUUUAUCUCUCUCUGAUCCCAAAGGGCGUUCCAAAUUGACCUAUUUUUCUUACGAUGACCAGCAAGACGAGAAAGCGGCACGUCCGAAGGUGCCUUCACAGAGACCAUUCCCCCCCCCCCCUUGACGAUGUCACACGUCGACAGCACAAGAUGUUUUUUCUUGUCGUAUUGAGGGUUAAUGGAAAUCUUUUCCUGUGCCUGUAGACUGUAAUACGUGUUCAUAUCGCUGUCAAUUGGUCGUGUUAUGGAGUGGUGCAGUAGUCUUCCAGUGUUUCCCUGAGGCUCAUUUGCAUGGUUUAUCAAACAUUCAACAGUUGCAGAACAACGUGUGCUUCUUCUUGUAUGGUUGUGUCUUUUAUAAAUGAAUGUAAAUGGAA